AUGUAAGAAUAACAAGAUCGAAACAAAGUUUAAUUAGAAGCAGAAGUAAAAUAAUUAGCAAUAGAAUUUGUUAGAGAAUAAUACUUAGAAAUCAUUUUAUAUCUAUAUGUUUAUUUUUUAAUUUCCUUUUAUUUAGAAAACUAUUUAUCAAUUAUCUAGAUGGUGAUGUGCCUAAUAUUUGCAGAUGUAUUUAAACUUGUUAUUGUUUACAAACGGAAUUAAGGAAUCGUUCAUCUAUUGUUUAAUGAAAUUGUGUUAUAUUUUGAUAGUUAUGCUGGAAAUUCAAUUUUAUUUGAUGAUCAUUCUGUUUCCAUUAUUAUUGUUGAUCCUAAGAUUGCUGAUAUAUUGCAAUAAAAAGAAAUACUUCGCAUUUGUUGCAUUCUAAUAGUUCGUAUAGCAUAAAGAAUGACAUAAUAGUUUAAUGUACUAUGGAAGAUAGUAAUAUUAGUUGAAACAUUAUCAGUAACUCUGAAAUUGGAUAAUUUUGUUGCUUGGGAUUGGAUAUAGGUUUUAUGGUUGUUUUUGAUUCUGCUAAUAUUAGAUGGAGUAAUAGCCUUUGUCUCACUUCUUUAUUUUGUAAUCAAAGUAAUUCCAUCUUUGAUAAAAAAGAAUGAGAAAUAAAGAACUGCCUACUACGUGUAAUUCGUCCUAUAUUAAGUCACAAUAUCUAUGACAAAUCUCUUUCUAUACUUCAAUAACUUUGCCUUGAAAAUAAUUUUACCCAUUUUAUUCAUCCUUUUGUCAGUGUACACUUAUUUUGAGAGAAGAAAUUUGGAAUAAUAUUAUGCAAAUUUCAUAUUUAAUCUAGAAAUCGGAAAGGACUUAGAAGAAAAGCAAUAACCUUAUGAAUAAGCAACAACAAUUUUAUAAAGAGUAUCAACUAAUUAUUAUAAACCAAUAAUAACAAAUGUUGGACAAAGACAAUCGAGUCAACCUCCAAUGUUGAGCAACGACUUAUAAUCUGUGAAUUCUGAGGAAUAGAACUUAUGUGUAAUAUGCUAAGAUAAAGUGGGAGAGAAGAUUUUUAUGCCUUGUGGACAUGGCAAAUUUUGUGCUUACUGCAUUGGAAAUACUGACGCUUGCUUUCUAUGUCGAAAUGAAAUUGCCUAGAUUCUUACAGUGUAACAGGAUCACAUCAGCUUUGGAAUUGUUGCUAAAUGA